GAUCGAGGGAUUAGUAAGCAGACGACAAAAUGUGCUCAUAUAAGUUGGUGAUUUCCCGGCCUAACUCCAUUAGCUGAGCAACUGCGGCAACGAAGAGGUCUAUUUCCGGAGAUUCAACAUGGCAGAAGCUAGAGAAAACCGCCGCACCGCCCGCGAAGUGCAACAAGACUUUGCCGUGUCUCUCGGCUACGCCGAGGAGAUUAUCUGGGAUUUGCUGUCCCAGGAGCAGGCCCACGUGCUGGAUCAGAAACUUAGGGAGCUGAUUCGAGAUCCUCCAGAGCCAUCAGCUGAAGAAUUGGCCAACAGGUCUCGUGCUGAAAAUGAGAAGGAGGCGAAAGCCCGGGCGAAGCUUAUCGCAGAUAAUACGAAGGCGCGUCAGACCAUUUUCGAUGCCGUUUGGGAGCAGCGUAAAUACACCAACCGUCAAUCGCUUACUGCCCUCAUCUACGUAAUGGUGGUGACCGACCAAAAGGACGUUAAUCGCGCAGAGGACUCCAGGACUUUCAGCUGCCAUCCUGUUUUCCGGGCCCGUCGAUGCAUCACUGAAAACAGUGGUCGCAGCAGCGACAGCUCCGAUUGCUGCAAUCUGUUCAUUGACGAGACGGGUCGUGUCUACCAGAACUGGGAGCAGUAUGUGGACACCAACGAGCUGCCCGAGGGUGUUAUGGUGGCCCCGGAGAAGGGUGUCUACCGCCUGGGCACCAAUGGAGUGCGUCUGGACAAGUACCUAACGCCUGCUGGCAGACCCAACACGAAGAUUCUGGGCUACCUGGACACGGGAUCGGCGAUCGGAGGCUUCGCUGCCGCCUGCGUGCCCAUAGCUGCCCUCCUAACGCUGCCUGUAUCGGCUCCGCUGAUGGCCGCAGCCGGAGCCGUGGGUUUGGCCAGUGCAGGAUACGCGACAGUCCGCUCCGGCGCCAAGUUGGUGGAUCGCAGCAAGCACGAGCAGUCGAUCAAUGUCACGAACCGCGAUGCACGCGGCCAUUGGAUUGGCGUGGCUGCGGGCACUGUGGGGUUGGGAGCUGCCGGAGCCACCACAGCCUUGACUGCGGCGACCAAUGCCGGACAGGAGGUGGGAGCGAUCACUCAGUUGACUGUAAAUGGCAUGAACAUCUCUUCCAUCGUGGUUUCGGGCACUGGAGUGGCCAACGGUGUGCUGGACUUGAUAUUGAAAGUCCAGGAUGGUGACGACAUCACUGGCAUGGAUGUGUUGCAGCUGUCCGCUUCCCUGGUGCUGCUUACGCACAGCGUCUACAACUUCAAAUUAGCUUCGACCAUCAUCACUGAGACGGCCAACAAUAAUAUAGCCGGUUUUCGUGAUACUCUUAGCAAUCGACAAAGACGCUCCUUCGACAAGAUGUCCAAAGAGACCGUUCGACUGCGGGGCACCACUCGCGGCAAGCUGGACAUUAUUCGAAACGUGAACGAGAUGCCAUCGCGCCAGCAGUUCAACGAUCUGUACAAGAUCAAUAAAAACCUGAACCAGCAGGGCGUGCGGUACUCUUUUGCACCCGAUGGACAAGGAGUCCUGCUGAACGGUGAGGUGCAGACCACGGCGGCUGAAUUGCGGGCCAGUGUGCAGCAUAACCAGGGACCCAACGUCCUGGGACAAGUCUCUCAGCAGAUUCCCGCUAGCCACGGAGACUCGGGGCGGCUGCAUUUGGACGGCCUUAAUCCGGUUUCCCGACUUAUUGGACCAAUGCCUACGGCGAAGCCGCGCCAGGAACCCAGUACUUAUGCCGCUGGUGUGUUUGCCUUGGAGCUUAGCUCCGUGGUUGUUGAAGGCGUGACGUUUGCGCUGCAGGAGUACGGCAGAGUUAUCUUUGAUCACGUCAUUAAUGCCGAGAGUUUUGAGGACCUUAUCAACGGCAUGGCCGAUAAUCUAGAACCGGAAGUCUUUGACUUUGUCAUGAAGCUGACACGCACCUUCAUGGACACCAUGCUAGAUGACCUAACCUCUAUGCUGAAGUUCUUCAUUUCGACGGAGUCUGUGCUUUUCCGCAUCCUGCAGCAGCUGAUGACUCACUACCCGAACAUGCCUUAUAGAGUGGUGGAGGAACACACUGGAGAUAUCAUACGAGCGGUCAAGGAGUACUUCCUGUCCCUCAACCCUAACUCGUAUACCAGACUCCAGAAGUGCCCCAAUUGUGUCGGCUACUUCAGCAUGUGUCCCUUGUAAACGUACAUUCAUGUAUGCAGAAAAAUUCCUUAUACUAACUUUGGAUUUUAAAGCCAUCAAGAUGUGAUGAUUGGUGCCUUGUAGUUAAAACACAAAGAAAUGCACAAACCUUUUGAUGCUGUGGAUAUGUUACAUAUACAAUUUUUAUAACCCUUUUAUUUUAAAAAUGAAAUUUAACCAAAAACAAGCACAAACUACUUAGUGGACACUGUUUUUUACGAAAACUGAGCACAGCUUGACAUUUAUAAAAUAAAAAUAAAAACAAAAA